CUGUUUCCCGGCUUACGCAUUCCUCGGGCAGCUGCCUGCUGGCCUCUACGCUUUCUCCGCAUUUCCGUCAGACAUCCAAAGCCUCAACCGUUGUCCGGCCCGUUCCAUCUUACCAUUCCACGAUGACCAAUCCGUCGCAGCUUUUUCUCCUUGCUGAUCAUAUCAAGCUCUCGUUGCUGGAACGGCAGCGGGCGAUCUCGUUGGACCUGGAGCCCAACAGUCAGGAUGGAGAGAUCUCUCGUUCGUUGGACUCUCUGCGGGAUGGAAUCGAUAGUGUGGAGGCAGAACAUGCUCGAUUGGAGGGGGAAAAUGAUGAUGGAGCGGCCGAUUUGAAGGACCAGCUUGGUCACCUUCAUUCGCAGUUUCGAGACCUGUCAUCGCAAUUCUAUGGCGAGGACCAGGCCAACAGCACUGUCAACUCGCCCAACGACUCGGCGUUGGCGUCUGAUUUUGCCAGAGCAAAGAAUAUCAAUCCGGAUCUCAAACAACCUACCCCGCAGCAUCCGCCUUCCAAGUCGGUACGAUUCAUGGACGCUGCUGCUGCCGCCGCUGAAGACGACGAAGAUCCCAGCCGUCGUGACCUUUUCCGGCCGUACCGCGAUUCGCCAUCUCCCCCGGGCUUGGACCAGAGCAAUAUGAGCAACCAACAAAUCCACGCACACCAUGCAGAUGUGAUUCGUGACCAGGACGAGCAAUUGGAUCGUCUGGGAGAAUCAAUCGGGCGCCAGCAUCAGCUGAGCAUUCAGAUUGGUGACGAACUCGAAGGACAUGUUGCACUGCUGGAUGGCAUGGACGGUGAUGUUGAAAGACACCAAGGCCGGCUUGAUGGCGCACGACGACGACUGGACAAGGUCAGAAGACGGGCGGGCGAGAACUGGAGUAUGAUGACAAUUAUCGGGUUGAUUAUCGGCUGGUGUCAAACUUGAAACUUGGUCAGUUAUGAGUUUAUGGGUAUGGUUUUAUGGCGUUACAGGUUAUCUUUUAUAUUUAUAACACCGCGUUAUCUACGCUCUUUGAGAUAUCCAAUACAACCGUUUAGAUCAUAUGCACUUUACAUUGAUUAUACAGAUUCAUAGCCUAACCCAACGCCCAACACCUCGGAUAAUAAAUCAAUCACUGAGCCUUCUUCUUCGACUCCUUCUCAUGAGGAAUAUGCUUGGUCCGAUCCUGCAUCUCCUUGAAAUCCUUACUUCCACUAUCCACUUCUCCUCGAUCAGCCUUGACCGUCUCUUCACUGGUACUGGCAAGUUCGGACUUCCAUGUUGCCGUUCCGGUCUUGGUGUUUUUCAACUGGUCUUGUUUUUCUGCUUCGUAGACGUUGUCGAGGUUAUCGCGGUCUGCAGUG